GUGAUGUGUGUGCUGUGAAUUCAAAGCUGGGUGGGUCUACACUGUUUCACAUUCCCAAAUAACUCCCGGGGCCGUGCGUUAAAGCACUUACAGUUUUCAGAAGGCCACGAUGUUGAUGCUGGCUGGAAUCGUUGUUCUGCACAUCACCACCAUCAUCCUGCUGCUGGUGACCACCAUUGAUAAUGCCUGGUGGGUCACUAAUACAGUGUCAACUGACCUGUGGGGCAGGUGGGAGUUGAUGGGCUCAGCCUGGCAUUACACCAACCUGAAAGAAGGUUACCCAGACGAAUAUCUCCAGGCGGUGCAGGCCACCUCAGUGCUGGCCUGUAUUUUUACCAUUCUGGCCUUGUUUGUGUUUGUGGCUCAGCUGUUCACCCUGCCCAAGGGCCAGAGGUUCACCUUCACCGGCGUUUUACAGCUAAUCGCCUGCCUGUGUAUAAUGAUAGCAGCUUCCAUCUACACGGCCGAGCUUCACACCAGUGACAAGGAGGGAGGGUACGGACACUCCUAUGUCCUGGCCUGGAUCUCUUUUGUCCUCACCUUCAUCUUAGCGAUCACCUACCUCGUCCUACGGAAGAAGAGCGAGUGAGAGGAUAAAAGGAAUGAGGGCAGGCCUGGGAUCAUAUUGCCAGUUUGAAUUUGGGAAAUUAAAGAAUAGGAUUUGUUUCAAAAAUUGGAGAAAAAAAAAAAACUUAACAUUGUUGAUCUACGUCUGUAGCGGGGAAGAUGGGGAGGGGGGAGUUAAUGUUGAAUUGCUUACAAGAGCCAUUUGUUUAUAUUUUGAUUAUUAUAAAUUGAAAUGAAACUCGUGCUUACAAUACAUGAAGGGCUGAACUUGACCAUUCUGCUUCUUAGAUGUCUAUAUGAUUAGAAGAGAGAGGAGGGCAGGGCAAUGUUUUAUCCAUGAGUAGGACAGUGUGGGCUACAACUUGAUGGUUGUGGUUAGGAGGGCGCAACCUUUACAAGUGCUUAUUUCAUAGCAGUAUAACCAUGAAGUAGUUAAUAAAUCAAUUGUUUUUUGAUAGGUAGUUACAUGUAGUUUGGGAGAACUGUCCAUAUCCAUUAGUUCUGUACAGGGAUAGUUUGACAUUUUGAGAAAUAGAGUUAGGUUCAUGAGAGGACAGAUGCCAGUCUUACAUCUGUAUGAUAAGUAUGAAGCUACUGCCAGCAGCUGGCAGCUAAAAACCAAAGGGCAAAAAUGACAAGUUGCAGUUUCAGGCAACUAUUGGCUGAGUGGUGAUUUAAAGAUGUAGUGCGCAGGAUCUAGGGGUGAGGUUGCAACAUUUCAACCAGCUGAAGCGAAAAUGCGAAUGGCUCCAUCUAGAGUGAAUGUUUGGUUUGUCUAUUCUGGGCUACUGUAGAGACAACAUGGCAGACUCAUACCCCUUAUCCACCAACAUGGAACCAGUUCUGUUCAGGUUCCUGAACCUAAUUUUGAAGCUCAGAGCUCUUCAGCCAAAAAUAAACUGGCCUCAGAACCUGAGGAGUUGGUUCUCAGCUUGAACUGAAAAAUAGUGAGUUUUCCUUGACCUGAAGUGCUAACCGUGAUGACAUCAGAGGGUGUGUCAUAUUCUACAGGUUGGAAAGAGGAUUAAGAAGGCAACAAUGGAAAAGUCGAGUAAGAAAUCAUUGGGAAUAACAGAGCAAAAGCUUGCAGAUAAUCAAUGUAAUAUGCAAUUUUGCGACUCUUAACUUCCGUUGCGCAUUGUGCAAUGACCUCCAUUGAUGACAUCCUUGAUUACAAUUCUGGUGGAAACGUGGGCUGGCUUGGUAGAUAACACUGAGGCUUAAAGAAUCCUGAACACAUCCAGUUCAAGAACCAGAGUUAAUUUGGUGGAACAGGGGUAUCACUGGAAGUGGCCCUGCUCUAUGUGUUAACAUAAAGGGCUCAUUCUAGGUUUAGGAUAGACAAUUCUUAGUUUGAGGUGAUAAUAAACUAAUGACAACAUAGUUCUGAAGAUUAUGAUGCAUUUAUGCCAAAAUAUCCCCCUAAAUCCUCGACACUGGACCUUUAAAGAAAAGGAGAGGUUUGUGAGCUGUAGAAGUGCUGGUUUAUUGAUAACAGCAAGGCUAGCUGUUUCCCAGUUUGCAGUCUUUGGUUCAAGCUAAGCUAACCAGCAGCUGAAGGUAGCUUCGUGUUUACCGUACAGGCAUGAGAGUGGUAUUAAUCCUCCCCCUAUCUGCAAGAAAGAGAUUAUUAUUUCCAAAAAUGUCAAACUAUUUCUUUAAGAUUAUAACAAACUGAACGUGUGGGAGGAGGAAAGUGCAAGAAAAAGCCCUUUUGAGAUUUACUCGUUAAAAAUACUCUGUGAGAUCAAAGAACUUCUCAUCCUGUAUAAUCCCGCUGUGAGGCUGACAGUUACUACUGCAGGUUUCCAGAGUGGAGGAGUGAAAAAAUACUGUAUCUGUGAAGGUACGGCAUGUUGGCAAAACUAAAACAUUCCUGUUGCAGUACUUGAACAAUCAGGAGAGACAAGCCUUAAUAUACAAGUAGUUUUAAUCAUGUAUCCUCAUUUUACAACUGAAGUAUAGUGUAUCCUUUUUUAAUCUAUGUACAUUUUAACCUUUAUAUUUUUGUAACAUUUUGUAUUGAGUGUUGUUUUUUAGCCAUGUUUGAUUUUGUCUGUAGUUGGCUGCUAUCAUAAGAAAAGUACAUGCAGUGUGUACAAGUGAACAUAUAGUGAACCAGGGAUGGAAGACAAUGGUGUUUCAUUUCACCAUAAAUCAAAACUAUGCAAUAGAAGGUUUUCUUUGUAAUUACAUUGGAAUUUAAGCCAUAUCAUUUAUUAAUAAAACAAAUUGUAACACAAA